AUGUGCACUGGAAAUGGCAACGCGGCGGAACAAAGAAGCUCAGAAGACGAUGACAAUGGAAACCCAAAUUCAGGGAACUCUCCACGCAAUAGGGCAAUUGGAAACGGUCAGACAUUGAGCUAUAAACCUUUAAAUCAACAAGAUGGGAAGAUUGUUAUCAAGAUUACACUGGAGGACAUUAAGACAAGCGAUGAUUACUGGUCCAAUGCUCCCAUAGGUUAUGUAUUAGGUGAUGCUCUGCAUGAGAAGUCGAUGGAUAAUUCUAUCACUACGGUAUGGAACUUUGUGAAGAAACCCCAAAUACUGUAUAAUGAUGGGGGUUAUGAUGUAUACCAAUUUGAGUUGAUGGAGGAUAGAACAGAAGUGUUGCAGGAAGGACCAUAUGCUUAUCAUAACAAGCCAUUCAUACUGAAGCCAUGGGCAGUGGAUUUUUUGUUUGAUAAAGAGGCAAUUACCACUAUACCAUUAUGGGAAAAUCUCCUGGGAUUACUAUUGAGAUAUUGGUCUAUUGAGGCUCUAAGCAAACUAGCGAGUGCAAUGGGCAAACUACUAUACACUGAUAAGUACACUACUGAUAUAAAUCAUAUAUCAUGUGCAAGAGUGGUGGUGGAGGUUGACAUAUCACGACCUCUGACUGAGGCCAUAGAAAUUGAAGCUCUAUAA